AUGGACAUGGAGAUUAAAAUGUUUGAACCCUACACACAACAGACCAAGGGCCCCAUCUCUCACCUGGCUCUGGUGGACGUUGGCGUCCGAUCCUACCUGCUGAGGCAAAUAUCCAAAGUCAUGGAGGAUCUGAGAUCUUUCAAGGAUGACCCAAUGAGCGGCAGUCGACGAAGGUCUUCCAAAUGUUUCUCUCGUUUCCCUGUGAUGGUCACUAAAUGUGGUGGACAAUACCCCUACGAUGGCGCCUUUGUUCAGUCGGUGAUCACAGGCAUUGAGAAACCCAUUACAAUGGCUGCCUUACCUUGGCCUAAAGAAUCCGACCCGUGUUACGAGCAAGAUACUGGAGUGGUAUCAAAUUAUUACCCACCUUUGCCCGGACAGGUAGACAAUGAUAAUGCAACAAUGAUCAAAGAAGCCUACGCUGCUUCGUCUGCUCGCCUGUUCACGGAACUUUGCAACAUCAUCAGUGACCAGGUUUUCCAGGAGCAUCACAGUCUCUGCUCAGACAUGGCAGAUAAGGUCAGAAGGAAGCUUGGCCGCCAUCAACUGUUAGGAAUUGUGUUCGAUAGCUGUAGCGCCAUCUUGAACGCCCUACAUACCGCCUGCGUGGCCGUAUCCGGUAUCGCUUCGGCCGACAAUCUGCCUUCUGUGACAGAGUACGGACUUCUGCGCAGCCUCACCAGACGCUUGUCUGAGAGUUUCCCGCCGGGCCUGCCCGACCAGGUGGAUCUCAAAGUUCACGCGUUCUGCCCUUCCUCGUUACCCCUCAGCUCCUAUCAGAGCACAGUGGACAUCGGCACCGUCCGAGGCAACAUCGUCAAUGACAUCGUCCACAUCAACUGUCCCGACUACCCAGAGGUCACCUACGUGGAUCUUGACCACCUACUGACCAGCUCAGUCCAGUCGCCGUCAAGCCAGUUCGACUUGGUCAAGCACAAGAUGCGCGUGUGUUCUAUCUGCGCUUUCGAGAAGUCGGUCAGUGCGCAGAUCGUCUAUGACGAAAUGCUGUGCAACAACACCUGUCUCAAGACCAACGUGCUGGAGAAUAUUCCAGACAGGUACCAGACAGAGACCAAAGAGUACGUGGACCAGGACAGCGUCUACUGCCAUGACUUUCUCACCUCAGUCGACAACACAAUCGACCCCAUAGGGCGUCAGUGUUUGGGCACAUGCAUGUCCCACCUGCAUGUCCGAUUCCAGAUUCAGGACCGCAAGGACAAUGUCCUGUACUAUGACCAAACAGUUCAGUGUUCACAGCUCAGGUCUCACGCUUGCAAGAUGAAGUUUGGUAAAUAA